ACUUUUCGUGACAAGCGUGAUCGAGCUUAGUCCCAUCAAAUCAACCAGGAAGAGAACCAAAAUGGGUGUUAAGAACCGCAAGAGAGAGCGUGAUACUGUGCAGGCCGAAAAUGUUGAAGAGGCUCCCGCGAAACGCCGCAAACAACUCAAUGAAGAACACCUGAAGCUGUCGAAGCUUUACGAGGACCUAGCAGCAGAAUCAGACGAAGUACGCUUUGAAGCUGCCAAACAGCUCAUUGUCAGGUUCUCACCCGAGAGCAAACCAGCUGCGAAAGAGGUGGAAACUGCGUUGACACGCUUGAUAAAGGGUCUUUGCAGUCAGAGGAAAGCGGCAAGAGUCGGUUUCUCGCUCACACUGACCGAACUGCUGCGUCAAGUAUUUGGUGGUGACAAGAUUGACGGUCUGGAUCAUGAUGUCCCGUCAAUCAUCAAAAUGGUUGAUGAGAAGACCGAGGUCGAGGGAAAUGUUCCUGGACGAGCCCGACGAGACCAUCUGAUCGGUAAACUUUUCGGAUACAAAGCUAUUAUGCAAUCUACAAUAGUCAUUGAACCGGAACUUUCCAUGGAAUGCUGGAACCAGCUUCUGGACCACAUCUAUGGAAUGGCACGCGACAUACCAUGGCUACGCGAAGAAUGUGGGUUAGUUCUCGUUGAAGCAGUGAAGAGUCUGAAGGCUCAGCCACAGUUCGAACAGUGCGCAGAGGAGGCAAUCAAACGUCUAACUCCAUUCAAACUUGUCAGUACGCCACAAGGCGUCGCGGUGUGGCUUACAGUGCGGACAAACUACGAGAAGAUUUUACCAGAGGGCGUUUGGCAUCAAAAAGAUCCUCUUUCUAAGAAGGAGCGAUCGCGGUUAGCAAAGCUUAUGAAGGAAGAUUUUCAUGUCGAUUCUGAGAACGCCAAAGACGGAACUAUCAAAUCUGCUGCUGCAAACCCAAACCCUACCUUUGCCUGGAAUCUGGUCUUUGGCGAAAUACUGCGGCGAGAUGAGGAGAGCAAGGGUAGCGCGAAAGAGCCAUCCAAACCCGAAUUUCCUCAGCUGUGGAUCGACAUUGUAGACAACAAUUUGUUUUCGACCACCUCCUCUCAUGAAAGAAAGUCGUGGGGCUUCAAACUAUUCAGCAACAUGAUUUCUCAGGUACCUGCGUGGGCCGUUCCCGCCUUGUUCAGUCCAAAUCUUAUGAGGACUGUCGUUAAUCAGAGCAAGAAAGACGAUAGGUUCCUUCACACAGCGGCACUCGCAGCUCUCAGGUCUGUACAGUCGAGGGUUGAAAGGGACAGCAACGCUGCCUUCCCCGUCGUUGUUGCGCUCACCACAAAACAUGGUAGCGUUGAUUUUGACAGGGCUACAAAAACCAAGACGCUCGAGCAAGUUCUUCUCUCGGCUGAUGAUAGUGCACUCAAGAAGAUCGUCCGACACCUGAAGUCCAUUAUCCUUCGGCCCGACACCGAGGAGCAGAAUGUUGCAGACAGUCGUCGACAGGUCAUCGCUGAUCUCCUCAUUAACACAAUAAAGCAGUUCAAGCGCUAUGAUGAACUAUCUGAAGAUACUCUCGAUGGCGACAACUGGCUUCGGGGUAUCGUUGAACUGCUGGUGGAGCAAGCAUAUUUCACCCCUUCAAAAGACGUGAAGACCAGCAAGGUACCUCUUCCUCCAAUCAGCGAAGCCAGCAGGACAAUGUUCCAAGAGCGUCUUUCCUCGAGUCUCACGAAGUUGCUUGGUGUCGAGGUUGGCACCAAGUCUUAUUUCGCCUCGAUGAUCAUAAACAUUGUUCGGGCUAAGAACGCAUCUACCAAGACGCUUGAGUCGAUUUUCAAGGCGGAACCGAAUGUCAUGGAAACAGUCCAGAAAGCAUUCGAGACUCUUGAUAAGAUCUCCAAAAAGGGAUCAAUUGCUGGCAACAAAAUGGCGGCAGAGGGUUUCAUACUUCUCUAUGCGUUGACAUUGCUGCAAGUCUACAACGGUGACGGUGAUGCCAUCAUGAUGCUCGACGAUCUUGAUGCGUCUCGCAAGGCUAUGGCAAAAGACAAGAACUCUGGCGAAGGCUCAGAUGCAUUUGUCGAGAUUGUUUUAUCCUUCCUCGGCAACCCACGCACCCUAUUUCGCAAGAUUGGUGAAGAGGUCUUCUCUAUCUUCGCAUCUGAGAUUGGCUCAGAGGGUUUACAGUCGCUUGCCGAGAUCCUGGACACGGAGGAGAACCUUGAAGGACAGAAAGAGUUGUUUAACCAAGGUGACGACGACACUGAACAUGACAAGUCUGACGAUGACUCUGGCGAUGCUUCGGAGAUGGACUCAGACGUCGAAAUGGUAGAUUCGGAUGUUGAGCUGGUUAAUGGUGAUGGUGACUCAGAGGACGAGUCUUCUGGGUCUGAUUCCUCGGACACUGACAGCAACGACAGCGAUGAUGAAGAUGAAGAAGAUGAUGCAGAGUUGACGCAGUUUAACAACCUCCUUCAGAUGACACUCGGAACAGCAAAAGCUGAUAUGGACGGUGACGACGAUUCCGACGAUUCCGACAUGGAUGAUGAGCAGAUGAUGGCCUUGGAUCCUCAACUUAGCAAAAUCUUCAAGCAGCGAAGCCAAGUCACAAGCAAGAAGAAGGACAGAGAAGAUGCAAAGCAGAACGUCGUCCAGUUCAAAUCGAGAGUCCUCGAUCUACUGGCGAUAUAUCUGGAGAAGCAGUACUCAAACGCACUCACACUGGAGGUCCUUCUGCCCAUACUACGCCGCACACGUGCGAGUGCAAAUAAGCAGUUGGCCGAGAAGAGCAGCAAGUUGCUCAAGACAUACUUCGAUACCCGCUCGAAGCACAAGGCUCCUCUGCCAAAGCCAGAAGCGAUUGAGACAGUGUGGGCAACACUGAAGGGUAUUCACGAGGAAGCGAAGAAUGGCGGUGGCGCCAAAGCUCACGCCGAUGUGUGCAGUAGCGCUAGCUUGCACGUGGUCAAGGUACUUGUGGGCCUCGAUAAAGCGAACUACUCCGGUGUUGUGGAUGUGUAUGCGGAGACACAGAAGCAGUGGUUUGCGGACAAAAAGUCGCCUCUCCAGCCAACACUGUUCACGCAAUUCCAGAACUGGUCGAUGAACGCCCAGAAGCAGAGCAAGUAGUAACAUAGACGUAUGCGAUACCAUCUAUUGCCAACAUCCGCAAACGCGUCAUCACGCCCCUCGUUCAGUGUCUUAACAGCUGCGUGUGACUUACAUAUUGAUAGCGAGAAUCUUGCCUGCGCGUAGCUAGUUUAACGGCAAGUCCUGCGCCUUGUACAUGUAUUACUCCAGUACAGCAAAGUAAUAUCGGCUGCAGUAGCGCAUAGCGCGGUCGUACCCGCAGAUCUGAACCUUGAUACUACACCUUCUAGAACUAGUCUGGC